AUGGCAGCCGCCGCAACGCCCGAGCCAACUGCCAGUGCUUCCACCAAUACCACUUCGCCUGAAGAAGGGAAUGAGCUUGCGUUUGGUCAAGUGUGGAAAGACGCAGCCAAGUCCCCAGAACGACCGAACCUCGCUGACCUAUCCAACGGUGGAAGACGUAAGUCGUCGAUUCAAUUCCAUACCGCUGAUGCGGAAAACAUCAUAAGAAGGGAGAGUGUUGUACAAGGUCCGCGACUGUCCACGUCUCAAAGAAGAAUAUCAUCCCCUCCUCCUCCAUCCAACUACCAGCGAGGCGUGUCUUUUGACACCUUUGACAACCGAGAUGCAUCGACCGAGGCCUUUACCCUGAACUACAAGCAUUGCGAUUAUGCUGCCAGUUCCCGGAGUCGAACGUUCCUGUGCGGUACGGAUGCCAAAGACUAUUCGGAAUAUGCAUUGGAGUGGAUGUUGGACGAGUUGGUCGACGACGGCGAUGAGAUUGUCUGUCUUCGAGUGGUGGAGAAAGAUUCCAAGAUGGCCAGCGAGACGGCGUAUGAGCGGGGAAAAUAUCGGGUUGAAGCGCAGAAACUAUUGGACAGCGUGAUCAAGAAGAACAGCUCAGAAGAGAAAGCAAUCAGUAUUAUCAUGGAAUUGGCCAUGGGCAAGGUCCAAGAAAUCUUCCAGCGCAUGAUCCAGCUCUAUGAGCCUGCGGCACUAGUCGUGGGGACCAGAGGCCGAAACUUGGGCGGUAUGCAGGGCUUGCUCCCAGGCUCGGUCUCCAAAUAUUGCCUGCAGCACUCGCCUGUCCCCGUGAUCGUCGUUCGGCCAACCUCGAAACGGAUGAAAAAGAAGAAGAAGCGACAACUGGAAAGUGGUCGAAGUCUGUACAGCAGCAUGCUGGAGCAGGCUCAAGUCUCGGGAGGCAGUCAUCUCUACGACAAGGCUAAUAACAGUUUAAUAUCCAUGGAAGCUACCGAACAAGAGGCCGAUGCAGUCGCUAAGGCCAUUGGACCAACCAAACGGGGAAUAUUGAAGGGAACCUAUGGCGGCCCAUUGGCCAGGGUCACCUCGCCCAAGAGUGAUAUAACUUCAGAUGAAGAUUCACCGGAACGAAGCUUCGCUUUUCCCAUUGGAUACUUGAGCACGGAAAAGGGGCCCCGGGCUGAUCUCGCCAUGAAGAGUCCCAGCAUUGUUGCUCUGGAAGAGAAUUGGGAUGACGAUGGUGACAUCGAUAGACCGUCGAUGAGACGUCCUGAACACAGAGACAGUGACGCUGCCAUUUCUGACACGGAGGACAUCCAUCUUGGGGUCCCCAAGAUUGUUGAAGAACGAAGGCCGUCUGUCCGAGAGACCACGCCCUGGCUGGCCGAGAUCCUGCGAGACAAGCCGCAGAGAAGGUCUCCCAGUCAUGGCCGAUCACCAUCACGAUAA